UGCCGGCGGGGGCGGGACCGGCUCCCCCCGCAACGGGCUCCGCCGGGGCCGCCGCUGCGCAGGCGGAGCAGCGCGGCAGCAUCCAUCUUACCGGCGGCCCGGGCUCCCAUCCUCCUCCUCUUUCCCAUCCUCCUCCUCCUCUUUCCCAUCCCCAUCCUCCUCCCCCGCCGGGGCGGCUGCGAGCGCUGCCGGUUGCGCGGCAGCGGCGGAUGAUGCACGGAGAUGGUUCACCAGGAAAACUGCUCCUACCAGGCCCAGAAGAAUGAGCGGGAGUCCAUCAGGCAGAAGUUGGCUCUGGGUAGUUUCUUCGACGAUGGCCCGGGUCUGUACACCAGCUGCAGCAAGAGCGGCAAGCCCAGCCUCUCCUCCCGGUUACAAAGUGGGAUGAAUCUGCAGAUUUGCUUCGUGAACGACAGUGGCAGUGACAAGGACAGUGACGCUGAUGACAGCAAGACAGAAACCAGCCUGGACACGCCGUUGUCGCCCAUGAGCAAGCAGAGCUCGUCCUACUCUGACAGAGACACGACAGAGGAAGAGUCAGAGUCCCUCGACGACAUGGAUUUCCUCACCAGGCAAAAGAAACUCCAAGCUGAAGCCAAAAUGGCCUUGGCUAUGGCAAAGCCCAUGGCCAAAAUGCAGGUUGAGGUGGAAAAGCAGAACAGGAAGAAAUCGCCAGUAGCGGAUCUUUUGCCACAUAUGCCUCAUAUAAGUGAAUGCCUGAUGAAGAGAAGUUUAAAACCUACUGACCUAAGAGACAUGACUAUUGGGCAGCUACAAGUGAUAGUCAAUGAUCUCCACUCACAGAUAGAAAGCUUGAACGAGGAGCUGGUGCAGCUGCUGCUCAUUCGGGAUGAGCUGCACACGGAGCAGGACGCGAUGCUGGUGGACAUCGAGGAUCUGACCAGACACGCCGAAAGCCAGCAGAAGCACAUGGCAGAGAAGAUGCCAGCAAAAUGAACCCCGGGACAGAGCUCGAGCCAGACUUCAUUUUGCUUGUGUGUGUGUGUGUGUCCAAGCGCUGACGUCCACGGUGACGCACAAGACAACCAGUGUUAGUCAUUGACCAUGUCUGAAGCUUUAUGUCCAGUGGUUGGCCUCUGCUUCUUAAUUUAUUUUCCUUUUUUUACUCGUGCCACUAAAUAUCAGGCAUUUUAAUAAUCCUAUGACAAAGAAGAUGUACAGUACUUAGAACAUUAUAAACCAUGGCCGAGAAGAGAGGGUCGUUUUAACUUUAUUUUUCUUCCUUUAGAGAUGCUCAGUUGGGUGAUAUUUUACCAUUGACUACUUUUUUUAUUCCUCACUGUAGUUUUGAAACAGAGGGACUGUACUUGACGGUGCUAUUCAAGUCAAACACCAACACAACCCCCCACAGGAGACUCCAUGCCUGCCUCGUAGUGUAGUUGUAGCUUUCAGUAACAUUUUCGGUUCAGUUCUCAACAUUUUGUGAAUGUUGACUACCUGACGUUCAUUUUUAGGUGUGCUAUUAACAUUGGGUUGGAUUCAGAGAGUUUGACCUGGAAAGUUUUAUGUAUAAAUAUGUAAAAUAAAACUCUAAAAAACUUGUUUCCUAUGACAUGUGGGUUUUUUUUGUUGCCCAGGGGGUGACUCUGGGGCCACACCAGCAACGUGUUCCUUGGGCUCAGCGUGCAGUUCCUAACCUGUCAUCACCAGAAAGAGCCUUUGGGUGGGGUUGGGUUUUACCUUGGUGGCAUGGAAUGGCAGAGAGAAGCCAGGAUUGUUUGGUAGGGUGAUUUAUCUGUGAGUUCAUAAUGAUGUGGGCUUAGGAUUCUUCUGUAACUCUGGUCUUCUACGAGCCCUAAUAUUGUGACUCCUGUUAGAAUCAGCAAGCACAUACCAUAGCUGGGCAGGGGAUUUUUGAUAUAUUCUAUUGUCUGGGCUAAAUAUUUCAAUGACCUACUCUAGGUGGUCCUGCUCUGGCAGGGGAGUUGGACUGGAUGGUCUUUCAAGGUCCCUUCCAGCCCUUGGGAUUCUGACUUGGCCCAGUCAGAAAUAAAAGGUAUGUUACAGAUCUAAGCAGAGUCUGAAAUGUGUUCUCUGUGGUAAUUGCUCACCUCUCUGCCUUUGGGCUGGGCUCCCCCUCAGUGGCUGUGCUCAUCAGCCAAGGGCUUUACUUGCCUUCCUCUGCAUCUACAGGAGGAAGGACACAGGGGGACUGAACAGCUCUGCCCCCAGCCCUCCUUUAUUUGAUGUAAUGCUGAAACAGCUCAGCCACCCCCUUCCUGAGGCUGCCAGCAGCAGACACACGUCCUGCACACCAGCAAGCACACCCUCAAGGGCAAGUUCACCUCAGUGCAAGGUCUGGCUGAUGACUGACUGAUUCAAGGUGUUUGAAGAAGGGCAGGAGCUGUCUUUGCACAGAAAGUGCAGGUUUUGGAAGCCCCAGCCCUCAGCAGGGCUUGGUGGGGCUUGAGGGGAGUGUCAUUUUAACUUGGGGUUGUUUUUCCUUUCCAGGAGUAGUUCUGAGGGGUUUCCAGGGCACAGUCCCUGUUCUGCAGCCCCUGGGGAAGGGGCUGUGUCCCAUGUCCCAGGCAGUGGGACAGGCAGUGUCUCUUAGCAAGGAGCUGUGCCUGCCUCUACCUUUUACAGAGGGAUGCUGGGAUGAGGUUAGGCUGGGAACCUGCAGACUCUUACUUUGCUUUAGUUUAGAAUCUAUGCAGAAAAUGAAUGUCUAUAUUGGGAGUGUUAGUUUCCCUGUAGCUCGUGCUGGGCUUGAUGCUGCUGCCAGCACGUGGGGAGAGCCUCUGGCCUUUGUAUCUCUGCUCUGUAAUAAAGGCUUGUGUUUGCAAUGCCCUGUGGCCAAAAUGGGCCAAAAAAUGGAGCUGAUGCCUCCAGCAGAAGCAGCUGUUCAGGUAGUGGUGAGGAAGGGCUUGCUGCUGGAUUUAAACCAUGAACAGCAAAAGCCCCAAAUACAAACAGUCUGAGCUCAACUUUAAAAAUACAUAAAAAGGGAGGAAAAAAAGCAAACAAGCCCCUGGCUGCUCUCAGGGAACUGCCUGUCCUUCCCAGCCACCCCUGGCAUCACCCCUGCCAGGAUCCUGGGAUGAGGCAGUUUGGGUAGGCUGGAGUUGUGUCCCUUGCUAAGUGCCUUAAACUUGCUGAAGAGAACUAGUUAUCCUGGGGUAAAAAGCUUUAAGGGGGGCUUCCCCCUCUUUCCAUCCUUAGGGGACUGGGUUUCCAAGCAUGUCUCUGGGUAACUCCUUGGCUCUGUGGCCCGAGGUGCUGGGCUGGCCUGUGUGAAGGCAAUGCUGUGCAAUUCCUGCAUUAAAGGACUUUUGUAAAGAGAGAA